AUAUCUACAUGAAUAAAAACCAAGUAAAAUCUAAUCAUGAGAGAUGGUCAAAGCAUCUUUCAGCCUCUGAAUCCUAGGCUAAGCUUUCUCGUUUUUCUCUCGUGUGUCUCUGUGCAUCAAAAACAUAAAAAAUUUUAUGUACUAACAACUAUGUAGAAACAAGAAAAAAUAACCCUCCUCAAAUCAUGGUCUUCGUUUAAGCUAGUGCGGGAGUGACCUUCACGAUCUCUCCACUUAUCUCUCUCUGUCUCUUUUUUUUUAUUUUGUUUUUUUUUUCCUUUUCAAAGUUGAUUGUUCAGAAUUUCGGAUCACCACAUGACCGUUUCCUUCUUUAUUUGUAUUACCUUUCUUUCCUUAACAAACCCAUCUCUAUCUUGCUCUCUCUCUUCUUUUUCUCGGUAUCUUUUAUUUCUUUGAAGGGUUAUCUUUUGUGGGUUGUCUUGGUUUUGCCUCCUAUUUUCCUUUCUUUUUUUUUUAUAAUUGUUUUAUUUCUGCAUUGGGGUGCUCUUGUUUUUUUGUUUUUUGUUUUGUUAGUCAGAUUCUUGUUAGUGGAAGGAGCAAGCAGAGUAGUGAGUCAAAAUUUGGCUUCUCCUUGGUGUACUUUUGCUUUCGGUCAUUUACUCGGUGACUGAGUGGUGAUUCUUAUUCUUUGUUUUGUGUUAAUAUUGAUGGACUUUUGAUGUCUCUGGCGGUUGGUGUUGAUUCCAGUUCCAGCGAUAUGGGGUUUGAUGAAAAAGACAAUGAGAGUGGUGGUGGUGGUGGUGAAGUUUCGGAUGAGACAGUAACAAAAACGCCUCCAAAUGAGCCAGAUAGUGGAAGUAUACCUAGACAAAUGAGUGAGAGCUCUAUUGUUGCAACUGAGGACGAAGAAGAUGAUGAAGAUAGAAAGAUUGAGUUGGGCCCUCAGUACACUCUUAAAGAACAAUUUGAGAAGGAUAAGGAUGAUGAGAGCUUGAGGAGAUGGAAAGAACAGCUUCUUGGGAGUGUGGAUUUAGAUUCUGUUGGAGAAACACUAGAGCCAGAGGUUAAGAUCUUGAGCCUCUCAAUUAAAUCCCCUGGUAGAUCGGAUAUUGUUCUCGCCGUUCCUGAGAGUGGCAAAGUCAAAGGUUUGUGGUUUACCUUAAAAGAAGGUAGCCGUUACAGCCUGGAGUUCACUUUCCAAGUUAACAACAAUAUUGUAUCUGGCCUCAAAUAUACUAAUACCGUUUGGAAAACUGGUGUCAAGGUUGAUAGCACAAAGGAGAUGCUUGGAACCUUCAGCCCUCAGGCUGAGCCUUAUAUACAUGAGAUGCCUGAAGAAACUACGCCAUCUGGCAUGUUUGCUAGAGGAACAUAUUCAGCCAAAACUAGGAUCGACUUUGUAGUUUGUGGAUGAUGACAACAAGUGCCACUUGGAGAUCAACUAUACGUUUGACAUCCGUAAAGACUGGGUGGAAACUUGACGUGCGAAUGGUCUGAUGAGUUUCACCAUUUGGCCCCUCAGUCAAAAAAAGGUUUUUUCGAGUCAAAAUCUGUUUCAGAUGUUAACAUAUUUCGUUUGCAGCGUCUUAUUUUAUUUUAGUCCUGUGUGAGACUGGUGGAUUGAUUCUAAAUGGAUAAGAAGAGAGAAGAUUUGGAGCAAAUAUAAAUUUCAUUCAUUGAGGAAGAGUCUCAGUCAAUAAAAAGUUGGUCUUAGCUGUUUGAGCACACACACUUUGUAAUUCUUUCAGCAUUAUUAAAUGUGUUAAGGUUUUAUCUUUGUAGUUUGAGGUUGUUAAGUGAUGAUUCAGUACUGGGGGACUUAAAACAAGUGGAAACUUGAAAGCAGUGCAAUGUUAACUUUCUCUUUUUCUUUCUUUUAUGUGUUUUGAAACAUGGAAGAAAUGGAACAGCCCAUCUUAAUAAUAGUUUAGAAGUUUAAAGUCUAUUUAACCUA